AUGUACAGUUUCCGUGGUACUAUCUCAAUGGAAUACGGAGAUUCAAAUCAGCCACCAAUGACGUGGACUCAGUGCGUUAACAGAUGUAUUCAGAAUAACAGAUGCAUACUGGCUGUAACGAAUACAUAUUUUAAAUGUGUUCUUUUCGAAAUCGAAAAAUUCGAUAAAUUCAAUCUCAACUACAACUAUGAAAUCGACCCAACUACUCCUAAUUAUAUGGCAAUCAAGCUGAUUAACACCACACCUUCACAGUGUUCAGGUGUGAAUUCUAAAGAUUGUGCUGAAAAAUGUUCCACAGAUGCUAAUUGUAUUAUGUCCUUUGGAAAUAGCUCUAAUAUUUGUUUUUUGUAUUCUGUAGGAGAUUUGAUUAAAGUUCAAACAAAUGGCGAAGGUUCGGAUAAUAAAAUUGGAUUGAAGGUUCAAAAUAAUUUCACAAAAUGUGCCAAAUCACCGUCAGAAUUGCUAUUGAGUGCACCCAGCGUUUAUCGAAAUCCUCCAAUUAAAUCUUAUAAGUUUUCAGCGGAUACUCCAACUUCCUACACUAUAAACUAUGAGUAUGAUUUUGUAGAUGGUUGUAGCGAUUGGUUGGAUCCAGUGCCAAAGUGUACGAACUGCCCAAAAGCAAUGAUGAGUUUUCGAGGAGUUCCUAAACUAGUGAAUCCAAUUGCUCCAAGUUCAAAAUCAUGGAAAGAAUGUAUGUAUGAAUGUUAUAAGGAUUCAUAUUGCUAUAUGGCCUAUAUGAAAAAUUAUCCGGACUGUCGGAUGGCUUAUUAUGGAAAUGUGGAUAAUGUUAUAAGAAUAGAAACACCGCCAACGUCUUCAACUGCUCUACAUUUUGCGGCAAUUAAGUAUGUUACGGAUGACAUCACUUGCACUUUGAAUUUCACUAGUUUAUGGACUGCUGGACGGCCAAUGAAAAGUGAAACCAGUGCUUCUAAUUAUUCUGCCUAUCAACCAACAACUUCCGGCCUGUCAAGUAGGUUUUCGUGGAUUGGAAAAAAUUCUGGUUGCAUACCAGGGUUUACAGAAAAAAUAGCGGGAGUCAGCGGAUGUGUUAGGCUGGUCCUCUUUAAUAAUCUAACGGUGAAUCGCUCUGCUGCAAUUGCAGGAUGUUAUAAAUAUGGAACUUAUGGAUUAAUGACAAUUUCAAGUUCCGAAGCACUUAGCGUGUUCCGAAAAGCUAUGACGACCAUUAGUCGGCAAGCAGGCACAUAUCAUAUUGGAUUGAGCAGAAAAACCGCGACAAGUGCCUGGCAAUGGGAUUUUCCUGAACUAGAAAUUGACAAAAGUGGAAUUGUCCUGUUUGCUUAUCUGGAUAUAACAUCAACUACGGCGGUUCUAAUCUCUUCCAGCGCUUCUCAAACGGUUGAUGGACAAUUUUGCUAUGUCCCGUCUUGA